ACAAACAUUCGGCACUUCUUCCUUCAAACGCAAACACAAACACAAACAACAACCAACAACAACCACUGCUUCUGCUGCUCCUCCUUCCAUGAUGAUGAUGCUGCGAUCGAUUGGUGCGAUGCUGACGCGCCGGGCAGUUGUGCCCGUGGCCAUGCGCGGAGCGGCAGCGCCUCGGCGGUUCCUUUCCCUGAGCGGAAGGCGGAUGGCCAACGGUGCGGGCGAGGCAACCACCGCUGGGCAAGCCGCUUCCACUGCAGGGACAGCGACCGGCGCUGCAACGGCCACGCAGGCGGUUGAGGUGUACAGCCGGCGGAUGCAGGCGCUGCACUGGCUCGUCGGCGCGGGGAUGCUGACGUGCGUCGCCACGGUGAAGAUGGCCCAGUGGACCGAGGACAAGAAGAAGAAGGGCCAGUACAUGAUGAUCCACAAGUCCACGGCGCUGCUCGUGGCCGCGCUCGUCGUGCCGCGCGUGGCCAUUCGCCUCGCAUCCAAGAUGCCAAAGGCCCUGCCGGGCACCUCCAAGUUUGAGCAGCUUGCCGGAUCCUUCAGCCACUUCCUCAUGUACGUGGCAAUGAUUGGCAUGCCAGUGACCGGCAUCACCAUGGGAUACUUUGGCGGCAAGGGCCUCCCCUUCUACGGCGCCCACAUCCCCGGCACGGACACGCCCAACAAGAAGGUGGCCGGCACCGCCUUCAAGGUGCACAAGAAGAUGGGCCAGGUGCUCGAGUAUGUGCUGGCCCUCCACAUCGGCGCUACCAUCUUCCACAUGUUCCAAGGCAUCCCCAUGCUGACGCGCAUGGGCUUUGCGCUCUCGCCCACCUCCACCACCUCCGCUGCGCUUCUCCUGGCGGCCUUUACCGGCGACGAUGCCGCGUCUCUCGAUGACGACGACAUCGCCGCCGCCUUCUUCCUCCACGACAACACCGAUGACGGUGAUGAUGAUGGGGAGGAGGAGGAGGAGGAGGAGGAGUAAUGUGCUGACGAUGACAUGGCUGUGGAGUGAUCUGACCGUCAGCCGGAGCCGAAUAAAGUUGGUGCUGCAGGUGUUCUGAAGGCGUUGUGUACGUGCGCAUGCGUGUCGUGUUUCGUGGUUGCUUUCGUAUCUGGAUGGAAGUGUUUGAGCACUGCACUUGUGCAUGUGCAUGUGUACGCGCGCGUGUUUGUGUUUGUUUGCAUGUCGCAAAGUUUGUGCACCGCCUGUUGUGUUGCACAUCGUUAUCACGAUGCCUCGGGCUGGCGAGAUGUUCCGUUACAACGCACGGGCCAUGCGUGCUUGGCUGUCUUGGUUGUGGUUGUGUUUUUGGGUCGUGAUGUUCGUGAUGUUGUGUUAAUGUUGCGAGGGCUUGCGUCCUGGACGCAUGUGGUGACACGUCAUGCGUGCAGCUUGAUUGUGGUGUGACGUGGUGUGUGCCAGCCAUCCAAUACAAAACAAUGCAAGUGGG